AUGGUGGUAUCCCGACGUCGUGGACAAACCGAAGUCAAAAAUAACUUAUGGAAACAAAAUUGUGCAUCAUCCGAUCCAAAGGAAGUAACGAAACUUAGCCCAUGGAAAAAAAUAAAGAAUAAUUUUAAACGGCGUCAAUCGAAUCACCAAGAUCCAAUUAUUAAUAUUGCACCCUCCAAAGAUUCAACAAAAACAGUACCCGUAUCAGCAAUUGAUAAAGAAAGCAUCAUCAGUGUUGGUCGUGUUAGAUUAGAGGAAAUUGAAAAAUCGCCUAAAGGGAACAAUGCAUCGAUCAAAUCACACCGGAUCAUGCCAGAAGUCGUUCAAGUACUCCAGACGACGAUAAUAGUAUACAACAGCGAAUAUCGAAUUUCAGUGGCGUCACCAUUAGCAAAAUCAAAACAAAAAGCAACGAUGAGAAACGAAUCAAUAAUCAGCCUGUCGAUACGAGUAAUUCAAACAAAAACAUGA